ACACCCGAGAAGCGCGCUUUCUAGUCUCCGUCUCUCUCCUCUGUCCUCUCUCGCAGUCUCAGUGCACAAUGGCGGGAAAGCAACUCUCAGGCGACGGCCUACCGGCGAACAUCGCCGGAAUGUCGAAGAACCAGCUUUACGACAUCAUGUCUCAAAUGAAGAAUUUGAUAGAACAGAACCAGCAGCAGGCGAGGCAGAUCCUCAUUCAGAAUCCGCCCCUCACCAAAGCCCUUUUCCAGGCACAGAUUAUGCUUGGAAUGGUGCGGCCACCGCAAGUGAUUCCCAGCAUUCAGCCACUGACGUCACAUAAUUCUCAGCAGUCGACACAACAAACUCAGCAGCCAAGCACUCAGGCUGCUCCCUCAUUGCCCGGUCAAGUUGGUUUGCAGGACCAAACUGGGCCAUCUCAGAUCCAAGCUCCUCCGAGAAAGCAAUACCAAAACCAACCGGCAAUGCCUGGUUCAUCAGCUGGUGCUCCAUCUAUAAAUGUUCAGUCUCAGCCUAUGCCUUCACGUCCCCUGCUGAGCCCACAGCAGCCUAAGGGACAUCUAAAUCCUCAAAUGACCCAGACUUCUCUUCCACAGUCCUCUCAACUCCCAAAUAUGCCUGCACAUCCUCUUCAUUCUUCUUCACAGCCACCUUCGCUUCAUCAAACCCAAAUGCCUGCUGUUUCCAGCCAGUUGCAACAGUCAUUACAGACAUCUGGAGUGUCUUCUCAUAUGCCAUUGCAACCACCAUUGCCACCACAACCAAGACCACCUUCAAUGCCUAACUUCCAUCACCAGUAUCCGCCGCAAAUGGGGCCCAACAUGGGUUACCAACAUGCUCCUCCCCAACAUCUUUCACAAUCCAUGUUUCAUUCAGGUACGAAACCCCCUGUUAGCGCUGGGCCUUCAUUCCCACAGGGACAACCACCACUUCCAAGUCAACCACCACCUCAAUCUAUGUAUCAGGGUGGAGGCAUGCAUUUAGGUUCAGAGUUCAACAAUCAAGCUGGAUCUUCCAUGCAAGUUGAUAGAGGAUCGUGGAUGUCCGGUCCACCAGAGAGUUCGACAGUGCCACAACUUUCAGGACCGCCACCGUUAGGUCCUGGUCAAAUGGGCCCUGGCGGCCAGCCUCCUCGCCCGGCACCGUUGUCCCCUGAGAUGGAGAAGGCACUGCUUCAGCAGGUCAUGAGCCUCACACCGGAACAAAUUAACCUCCUGCCUCCAGAACAAAGGAAUCAGGUGCUACAGCUACAGCAGAUACUGCGCCAAUAAACUCCUGAAUUUUUCAAUAUUUUCAGCCGGAAUUAGGGACCGCGUUUAACUUCAAUUUUUGCUCCGAGAUAUCGUUGUACCAUUCAGUGAUCCAAACUUAUGCGACUUAAUUUUAUUACUUGAUGCAAGAGUCUUGUAAAAACGACGUGUGGUAGUCGUAUCUUUUCAAAAUUUGAUUUUCUUGUUUCAGAACGUUACAGCUUAACUAAUCUUGAGAUGUUAAAUCUA